ACACCCUUUAAUAUGCAUGCUUAAUAACGAUGUAAAACAUUAAACGAGAUGUGUAUCUCUUUCUCGAAGGUUUUGUGAAUAAAUAUACGUUUUAAAUUAGGAUUCUGAUAUAAAAUGCUGUGAACUAGUUCUUCACUUUGUUUCUUGCUUCUUUAACUUAAACUGUAAAGAGAGCAUGUUUACAUGCUGCAGUGAUGUAGACUGGUUGGACUCGGCAAGGUGAGAGGCAAUUCAAACAGAGAGAGCUGCUGAUAAGGUUAUAGUUUUGAGUCUGAGCGAGCGUCAACAAAGUUUUGUUGUACUGUACAGACAUGAAACUAGGCUAGACAAAUUGUUAAAGUUAAUUAGACGGUAGUUUAAGUUUUCAGGCAGCUCGGUGGCAAUUAUAAUUCUGUAUUUCAUAUUACAGUACACCUACUGUAAUAUAAAUACGAUAUCGAAGCAAGUACUUAUGUAAUGACACACAGUACAAUAACGUUAAAUUGACUAUUAUACUGUAAUUACAAGGUAUUGGUGCAAGCAGGUUGGCUGCUAGGUAAACUGUUUACUCAUUACAGUAUAUUAAUGAAUAGUUGGUGUUUUAUAUCACUUGCACGUCUAGAGGCCGUAAGAAAGGCUUCCAAACUGGCAGCGAUUACAGGGAAAUGCAGACAAAAAGGACAUGGCAAGAUGCUCAACCAAUUAAGGUUUAAGACUUGUAGCCUUGUCCCUAUACACUUUAAAUCGACGGGGACAUAAUUGGUACAGCCUUCUCACUCACAGGUGUAACAAGUAAAGCAUCUUACGAGGCACACCUCAAAAAAAUAGUAAUAAGCCAGAAACAACAAUAACAUGCACACAUUAGGGGUCAAAAGGUUUUUGGUGUUCCAAAGAUAGGUACUGUAUUCUAUGGGAUGGAAUUACAGUCCCAUUUAAGAGACAGGAUUCUUUCCCUGGCCUCACCAUUUUCCCACAAAUGCACAAUAAAUGACAGUAUUCUGCAGUAAAACGUUUUAGAGUAUUUUACUGUUAUUAAUACUCCCAAAUUACCGUAUAAUAUACAGUUUUCCGUUGCAGUGCAACUGUACAAAAUGUGAGUAUAUUAUUUGGUAGACAAACAUUAAGCUAUCCGUUGACAGUUUAAAAUAGGGAGCUACAAAGGUCAGUCCUAAAUUACACUGACUGACUCCGAGCGCAUUGUUUCUGUCCGAAGCUAUGCCUGAUAGCAGAGUGACCACAACGUCCAGUUUACCUUUCCUAUUGUCGGAUAUGAUUUAGUGAUGAAUGCCGAGCUUGAGGAGGGGAACCCGUUCUGAUUCUAGGGUGUCAUGUAUACUAAUCCUGGACCGAGUGAACAGUUUUCCCUGUGGUGGAACCCUCGCCUGUCUUUGUCAGUCAAGUCUGUGUGCACUUUGCUAGGCUGUCAGAAGGUAGAGCCCACCUGACCCACAACCCAGAUCCAUCAGAAGACCCUCUCAGAGAGCCUGGUCAGCAGUCUGGAGAAGCCAUGGAGAGGAAUGAGAGGUCCACCCCCGUCCCUGGCAAAGAGAAAGAGGUGGAUAUCAUCAAUAUCAAGGGCAUCGAGGAUAUAGGCUAUGUUCAGCCGGAUUCCAUACUCCUAAACUGCCUGACACCUGAGGAGAACACAGGAUGUCAGCAUGGCCUGUACUUUCAGGACGGAGAGAGGCGGGUGGACUACAUCCUCACCUACCACAUCAAAAAGCCCAGCAGCUCGCGCUCCAACCGACAGUCCUCCCGCUUCACUGACAACGCCUUUACACGGAGCCUCCGCCGUGGGACAGCCAGGCUGGGACGAGCGCCACCCCCUCAGCCCAGAGGUGACCCGGAGGUGGCCUCCCAAGACCACAGCAUGGACUACCACGUGGACGACAAGCGCCUCCACCGGGAGGAGUUUGAGGGCAACCUGAGGGAUAUGGGCAUUGAGCUGGAGAAGGAUGAGGAUACUAAAACUCCAGGUGUGGGCUUUGUGAAGAUUCAUGCUCCAUGGCAUGUGCUCUGUCGAGAGGCAGAGUUUAUGAAGCUCAAGAUGCCCACGAAAAAAGUAUAUGAAAUGAAGCAGAGUACGGGUGUUGGGGCGAAGAUCAACACAUUGGUAAACAAAGUGACAGAACCUCUCUAUCCCAACGUGGAGGAUAACAGGACACACAAUGUUAAGCAUCUCUCCUACAUGUUCUCCAGGGAAAAACAACACUUGUUUGAUUUAUCAGACAGAGACUCCUUCUUUGAUAGUAAAACAAGAGCUUCAAUAGUUUUUGAAGUAUUGAAACGUACAAAAUGCACAAAGGCUAAGUAUAGUAUGGGGUUCACCAGCCUGCUAGGGAGUGGAGUCUACACAGAUGCCUAUCCACUACAUGAUGGAGAUUUGGAUGGUGAAAACGUUGAGCCCAAUGAUAGGAAGCUCUUGUAUGAGGAGUGGGCGAGUUACAGUGUAUUUUACAAAUACCAACCUAUCGGGCUAGUAAGGAAGUACUUUGGGGAGAAGAUAGGGCUGUACUUUGCAUGGCUGGGGCUGUACACCCAAAUGCUGAUCCCUGCUUCUCUAGUGGGAGUCAUCGUGUUCCUGUACGGCUGUGCCACCGUAGACGACAACAUUCCCAGCAUGGAGAUCUGCCACCCCAAGAACAACAUCACCAUGUGCCCGCUGUGUGACAGAGCCUGUAGUUACUGGAAACUGAAGGAAGCCUGCGGGACGGCCCGGGCCAGCCAUCUCUUUGACAACCCUGCCACCGUCUUCUUCUCCAUCUUCAUGGCCCUCUGGGCUGCCAUGUUCAUGGAGCACUGGAAGAGAAGACAGAUGCGUCUCAACUAUGAAUGGGAUCUGACAGGCUUCGAGGAGGAGGAGGAAGAGCUGAAGGACCACCCACGAGCUGAGUACGAGCUCCGAGUCAUGCAGAAGUCCCUGAAGAAAGAACACAAGACACAGAAGAACCCUACAGAGAUAGCAGAAGAAACCACAAACAAAUGGAAGCAAACAGUUCAAUCUGCCAUGGCUGGGCUAAAACUGACAGAAAAAGAAAAGCUGACGUGCAGAGACCGGUUACCAGCGUACAUGACCAACGUCGUCAUGAUGCUUUUGAUGAUCGGGGUAACGUUUGCCAUAGUGUUCGGAGUCAUCCUUUACCGGAUAUCCACCAAGACAGCGCUGCACAUGAGCAACAACCCCACCACGCGGUCCAACGUCCGUCUGACGGUCAAAACCACCGCUGCCAUCAUCAACCUGGUGGUCAUUCUGAUCCUAGAUGAGGUGUACGGAGCUGUCGCCCGCUGGCUCACUGUCCUCGAGGUUCCAAAGACAGACAAGAGCUUUGAGGAGAGAUUGAUAUUCAAAACGUUCAUCCUAAAGUUUGUGAAUGCCUUUACCCCCAUCAUAUACAUAGCAUUUUUCAGAGGCAGGCUUGUUGGUCGACCUGGAAGUUAUCUUUAUGUGUUUGAGUCGUAUCGAAUGGAAGAGUGUGCUCAUGGAGGAUGUCUGAUGGAGUUGUGUAUUCAGCUCAGUAUCACCAUGUUGGGAAAGCAACUCAUCCAGAACAAUUUAUUUGAGAUUGGCAUUCCGAAGCUGAAGAAGCUGAUAAGGUACAUCAAGUCCAAGAGAAGGUCCUUCCAGGAAGAGGAGAGAGAGAAGAAGUUACAGCGCUAUGAGACGGACCACUUCCUAGAGCCCUUCGCAGGCCUCACGCCAGAGUACAUGGAGAUGAUAAUCCAGUUUGGGUUUGUGACCCUGUUCGUGGCAUCGUUCCCGCUGGCCCCACUUUUCGCCCUCCUUAACAACAUCAUCGAGAUACGCCUGGAUGCCAAGAAGUUUGUGGCCGAGCUCAGGAGGCCAGUCGCUGCAAGGGCAAAAGACAUUGGAAUAUGGUACAACCUUCUCCGAGCUGUGGCUAAAGUGGCCGUCAUCAUAAAUGCGUUUGUGAUCUCCUUCACGUCAGACUUCAUCCCGAGGCUGGUCUACCAGUACAUGUACAGCCCAGACGGCUCCAUGCACGGCUUUGUCAACCACACCCUGUCCUACUUCAACGUGAGCAACUUCCAGGACGGUAAAGAACCUAUGGACCCACAGCAUCAGGUGGAGAUGUGUAGGUAUAAAGACUACAGGGAGCCCCCAUGGUCCAACACACCCUACGUCAUCUCUAAAGAGUUCUGGGCGGUCCUGGCUGCCAGACUGGCCUUCGUCAUCGUCUUCCAGAAUGUGGUGAUGCUGAUGAGUGACAUCGUGGACUGGCUGAUCCCAGACAUCCCUAAAGACAUCAGCCUUCAGAUCCACAAGGAGAAGAUCCUGAUGGUGGAGCUGUUCAUGAAGGAGGAACAGGGCAAGAUUCAGUUCAUAGACAGCAUGAUGCCUUGUGGUGGCAAGGAGAAGCGCAACAACCAUGCCCCUAUAGCCCGCUCACGCUCCAUCCCACACACACACAGUCACACACACGCCAACAACUUCUAGCAGCUACUGUAAGGUGUAGCCUAGCUAGCCAGGCAAAGGGUUACUACUGUCUGUAUCCUUUUCCUUGUGCAGACAUUCCAUAGAAAGGGAGAGGUGCUCCCUGCAAGAUGUUGUUGAGGCCCAACGAGGAGAAACAGAAACUGUUCCAGUUCUCAAUACCUAUCUGUCAAACCUCUCAGUGAAUAACUAGCUAACUAGCUAACUGCCAACAAGUUAACUAACUGCCAACUACUGGGGUCAUGGGCUUAGAGGUCGCAAAUAUGCCAUUUAGCUAACGCUUUUAUCCAAAGCGACUUAUAGUAGUGCAAAUUAUAGCGGACCAUGUUCAAUGAGAGAAAAACGUUUUUUUUGUUUUUUUUCUCCUUUGCAUAAUGCUGUCAAGAAAAUGUAUUUUGUAACAUGCUUUACAGUACUGUAUGUCUGGCAUACAAGGUAUUUCUAUGUUUGCCUCUUUUUAAAAGGAUGUAGAUGAUACGUUAUCCUUUACUGUUAUGACUCAACCAUGUUCAUGGUGCGAACAAUCACUCUCGGAAUACGCUACAUGUUUUGUUCAAUUACAACAGAUUUAUUUUCUUUCUUAAUGUGCUUUGUUCUCAAAAUUAAUAUUUUUUAUUUACAUAUUUUAUUGAUUAUAUUUUCAUCGAUUAAACAUUUAAAAAGUAAUUGGAUAUUAUGAAAUGUAUGUGUGUAGAGCAGAUAAUAUAAUCUUAUUCUUAAAUGGGUGACAUGUUUUUUAUGUCUUUGAUACAAAGAUCUCAAAUGGUAUUAGCUACCAAGCUCAUUAUUAGUUAACAAGCUGAAAGUUGAGGGCUGUUUGUGGGCUCCCAUGCUACCAUAGAGUUAAAGCAGUUAUUACAUGGACUGUAUUAUAGCAUAAGAGUCAAAAGGCUCUGUUUAACAGAUACUUCUAAACAUAGUAAAAUAGGUUGAAUUACUUUACUUCAGAGCAUAAUAAACUCAGCAGUGUUACAAAUAUCCCCUGUUAUAAAAUGCACAGUUCAGGCCAGUCUAUCCCUGCCAUAAUACAGACUGAUCCUCUAUGGCUUCUUUUCUGCUUCAAAGCCAGGCAGGAUAUUAUUUUUGAAACUGUACUUAAAACUGUAUAUUGUUUACACUUACUUCUGUCUACUGGAUAUACUAAGAAAUAUAAUAUUUCUCGUUCUUUACUUGCCGUUCUUCAGAAGACAAGGACACUUUGAUCCUUUUAUAUGUCAAACUAAUGUAUUCAUACAAAAGUGAACAUCAUUUCAUAGCAGCAUAUUUUACUGUAUUGAUACCGACUAUGUUGUAAAUGUUUAGGAGAUCUGCCUAUUCUUAUUUGAUGUGACGUUGAAUAAAUAAUGCAUUAAAUUGAAUGUAAACAAUAAAUAUAUGUUGCUGUGGGUA